GUGAAACAUACCCUGAAAACCUUUUGAGGAAAAAUAAGUAAAUAUAUUUGAGAGAGAAUUGAAGGGCAGGGCAAUGGGGAAUAUUGCUUCUGCUGGUGCCAAAGUUUCAGAGUACAAGGGCAUUCUUGUCUUUUUCGUGACAUCAACCGUGCUUGUUUCUGCCAUGAUUAACGUGGCCCCCCGAUUUGCAGACAUGUUUGCUUAUUUCUGGCCUCUUUUCAUCUCGACAACUGUAUUCAUGGGAGCCAUCAUCGCCUUCACGCAGGUGCCACCUUUGGCUGUCGACUACUACACAGACGAGAGAGAUGGCGAGUGGCUGUUGGAAUACCUUACCGGCCUCCCUCAACAAUCUUGAAGAAGAAAGAAGCUAGGGUAACACCGACAUUUUUUAUUGUUUGAACACGGCUUUACAAAACAUGAAAUGGCGGCUUAUAAUUUUUUUAUAAAUCAUAAAAAAUAAGUAAAUCUUAACUACUUAU